AGAAAGGAGAAAACUCAUGGUGGUGGUACACUGUCGGAAGGAGGGGGGACUCUAUUUUGCUAUUAAUCGGAUCGUCGAGAUUUUGUGACCACAGACUGCACCUGAUAAGCUGUCGGUCGACUUAUUCCUGUGUGUGUUUCAAAGUUGGAUUUAUUCGACCUCAGCGGUGAAGUGCUGGUGAGAUUUGGACGAUAUGCAGCGCUCGGCUUGAGAGACCAACGCUGGAGUUUUCGGCACCUUCCCUGCGGGUCCUAACUUAUUUGCUACAUCUUCAACUUUGUAGUAAACAUUUUAUAACACCGCCAUAAGUCACCGUGCAACCGUUUUGUUAAGUUUUGAACAGUUUUGCUACUGGAUCAACAGUUAUUUUGAGAGCCACCCGGGCGCACUGUGUCCUUAAACAUUUUGUUGUUGCAUGUUUUCAAAAAUGAAAACACAAGCAAGUAGUUUUUAGCCUUUUAUUAACACUGUCUUUCAACUUAAAAUUAAGUUUAAGGCGGCAUACAAGUUUGCCGUAGCUUACUUUUGCUAGUUAAUCUGUGAAUCACCUUUGAUUUUUAGCCCGCGUCGGACACAGAGGAGAAAGUUGGACUGGGAACUUCUGUCCUAAAUGACUGUUACUGUGAUGGAAAACGUUUUACUACACCACAGUUGUUUUUGCUAGCCCGUGUAGUACAAAAAGACAAUUAAUGUGCUACCAAAGGCAUUCAGUUUCUCCGAAGCUACAUUAAUAUUCCAGUUUGUGGGUACGAGGAGAGAGCUCAGCGGCCGCGCUAUUAAAACUGGAUACAAAAUGGCGGCGUCCCUGGGACGAUUUGGAUAUGUUUCGCGUUGUGUUUUUUAUUUAAUUUUGUCGGUCGAACUGUUUAUCAGUUAUGGAUUGGGUUCAGACCUGCCGUGUGCCCAGAACUGUACCUGCAGCGGAGAUUCAGUGGACUGUAGUAACCUGGAGCUGACAGCAACGCCUCUGGACCUUCCAGUCCGGACUGUUUCCUUAAAUCUUGGCCACAACAAGCUGACUGCCAUCAAUACUGAAGCAUUUAACAACCUUCCCAACCUGAGAGAGCUGCGGCUGGACCACAAUGAGCUGACCUCCAUACCAGAUUUAGGACAGGCUGCUUCCAAGAUUGUAUCUCUCUACCUACAUCAUAAUAAGAUCCGCGUUAUAGACGGGAGGCGGACCAGAGAGCUGGCUUCUGUGGAGACCCUGGACCUGAGCAAUAAUGACAUCACUGAGCUCAGAGGGCACAGCUUUCCUGCAGGCCUCCAAAUCAGAGACCUGUACCUGAGCAACAACAAGAUCAGCGUGUUGGAGCUCGGAGCUCUUGACCAUCUGGGCUCGACUCUACAGGUCCUGAGACUGAGCCGAAACCGCAUCAGCCAGAUCCCCGUGAAAGCCUUCCAGCUCCCGAGGCUCACCCAGCUUGAGCUGAACAGGAACCGUAUUCGUCAGGUGGAGGGUCUGACCUUCCAGGGUCUGUCCAGCCUCGAGGUCCUCAAGCUGCAAAGAAACAGCAUCAGCAAACUGACUGACGGGGCCUUCUGGGACCUGGCCAAGAUGAAAGUCCUUCACCUGGACUACAACAGCCUGACCGAGGUGAACAGUGGCUCCCUGUACGGCCUGACCUCUCUUCAGCAGUUAUUCCUCAGUAACAACUCCAUAGCCCGCAUCAACCCUGAUGGAUGGAAGUUUUGCCAGAAGCUGAGGGAACUGAAUCUGUCGUACAACAACUUGACUCGUCUGGAUGAAGGCAGCCUGGCUGUGCUGGGGGAUCUCCACUCUCUCCGUCUGGGCCACAACUCCAUCAGCCACAUCACCGAGGGAGCCUUCAGAGGCCUCAAGGCCGUGCGCGUCCUGGAGCUGGACCAUAAUGACAUCUCUGGCACAAUAGAGGACACCAACGGGGCCUUCUCUGGAUUGGACAGCCUCAACAAGCUGACUCUGUUUGGAAACAAGAUCAAGUCAGUGGCCAAGAAAGCCUUCUCCGGCCUGGAGACCCUGGAACACCUGAACUUGGGAGAGAACGCUAUCCGCUCCAUCCAGCCCGAUGCCUUCAGUAAAAUGAAGAACCUCAAAACACUUCUCAUUCAGAGUGACAGCUUCCUGUGUGACUGCCAGCUCCACUGGCUGCCCGACUGGUUGGUGACACGUGGGCUGCAGACUGGUGUCAAUGCCACCUGUGCCCACCCGGAGAGCCUGAAGGGCACCAGCAUCUUCCAGGCUCCGUCCAGCAGCUUUGUGUGCGACGACCUUCCGAAGCCCCAAAUCACCGUGCAGCCAGAGACUUCGGUGACGGUCCUCGGUAGCGAUGUGCGUCUCACCUGUACUGCAGCAAGCAGCAGCUCCUCCCCCAUGACCUUUGCGUGGCGUAAGGACCAGGAGCUGCUUCGUCAUGCAGAGACGGAAAACUUUGCCCAUGUGCGCGCUCACCACCAGGGCACAACAUCUGACGUGCCAGGUGCAGCCGGAGGCGUGAUGGAGUACACCACUAUCCUGCAUCUGCGGCACGUCACCUUCGCCCAUGAGGGUCGAUACCAGUGCAUCAUCACAAACCACUUUGGCUCCACCUACUCCAGCAAAGCCCGCCUCAUCGUCAACGUUCUCCCAUCCUUUGUGAAGACUCCCAGGGACAGCACCAUCAGGACAGGUCAGACAGCGAGGCUCGAGUGCGCCGCAGAGGGUCACCCGGCACCGCAGAUCGCCUGGCAGAAGGACGGCGGCACAGAUUUCCCUGCUGCCCGUGAGCGCAGAAUGCACGUCAUGCCCGACGACGACGUGUUCUUCAUCAUGGACGUCAAGCCGGAAGACAUGGGCGUGUACAGCUGCACCGCCAAAAACACAGCUGGCACCGUCUCUGCCAACGCCACCCUCACCGUGCUGGAAACCCCCCACCUGGCCCAGGACCUGGAGGACCGCAGGGUGGUGGUCGGGGACACGGUGGCCUUGCAGUGUAAGGCCCUGGGCAGCCCUCCGCCCCGCAUCACCUGGCUGCGCAACGACCAGCCGCUCCGCCCAUCCGACAGACACCACUUCACCCCGGGGAACCAGCUGCUGGUCAUCGGCUCCGCCUCGCUGGAGGACGCCGGCCGCUACACCUGCCUCAUGUCCAACACCCUGGGCACGGAGCGCGCUCACAGCCAGCUGGUGGUGACUCGCAGCCCCUGUGCUCCGCCGGUGGGACCAAGCACGGUCACUAUAGGGAUCAUAGUCAUCGCCGUGGUGACGAGUAUUGUGGUGACGUCGCUGGUGUGGGUGUGCAUCAUCUACCAGACCAGGAAGAAGAGCGAGGAGUGCAGUGUCACCAACACAGAUGAGACGAUCGUUCCUCCAGACGUCCCCAGCUACCUCUCCUCUCAGGGCACGCUGUCCGAGCGGCAGGAUGUGUGUAUCCGCGUGGAGACCGGCGGUGGACCUCAGCCCAACGGACACAUCGUAGACACCACAGGUUUUGACGGCGCAGUAGUGUGUUCAGACUGCAUGGAGAACGGCAGCAGCUACUCCAAAGACUCUGACUACCUGACACACGGGUUCAGCCACACUGGAGGCCACAUGGAGUACCAGCAGAACUCUAUACCCCCACCCUACUCCCACUGUUAUCCAGGGGAGCUGCAUGACGCAGGGCAACACUCGGCCCCGCUCUGCAACGGGACACCCAAUGGGAUCCGGAAGGACAUUCAAGGAUCCACGUUUCCAAAAAACCACAAUACGUUACACCUGAACCAACACGAUAGAAAAGCGAGCAGAGCGCCGGCGUGCUCCCCAUCGCAGGACGAAUCCUUCCACAAGCCGGUGAAGCUGGCCAGCGUGACGAGCCACCAUGGCCGUCUGGACAGUGACUGUGAGCCUGAGCUCAGGCAGACUCUGCUGUCCAACGGACACGCCCUCAGAGCCUCUCAGAAUGAGAGCGCCCCCCUAAGGAGAGCCAGCGACUAGCAGGCGCUCUAGCCCAAAAAAAAAAAAGCGGACUCGCAGUAGCUGAGUGGACUUUAUUUUUUUUAUUUUUUUGCACUGGGAAAUAAACUGCUACCUCAUAUAGAGGCGAUUUAUCCUGAACCUCCUGGAUCUGGACUGAAAGGGAGCACCAGGAGGGGGGGACAGACAGGGGGAGGGGCAUCCGGAGUUUGAAGGUGGAGCUUGUGUGGGUGGCGUCCCAUCUGAGCGUUAUCAGCUGUACAUAGUUAAAAACCUUCCUUUGGGAGGUGACCAAUAAGAAAUUCUAGCUCCAAAAAAUGUGACUUGCAUUUGAAGCAUGUAAAUGUAGGGAAUCUUGUACAGUAUAUGUAUGUGCAGAGGAAAAAAGAGAAAUAUACCUUUGGACAUUUGACUGUACAUAAGAGUUUUCUUAUAUUAUAUAUUAUAUAACUUUUACAAAAGAGUAUUUGAAUUUAUGUGCAUGACAAAGAAAGGAGUGAUGGUAUUUUUAUUUUUAUUCAAAAAAACAAAAACAAACAGUCUUUUUCAGCUUUUACCAACAUUCAGCUGCGGUGCCUUAAUGCAUGAUCAAAGAAAAGUCAACUUGUAAUAGCAUAUAUCUUUGUGAGAGAAACUGGUUCACUCUUUAUAGCAAACAAAACAAACACUUGAUUGCACUUGAAUGUUUUUUGCCCAACCAUGGCCUUACAGAAACACAAUUCACAUGCAUUGUUAUCGUAUGAAGGAAGAGCUUUGAUGUAAAUUAUUUUGGUACGUCAGAUGGUUCAAGCUGGGAUAUUUGUGGGUGGUCAGUUAAAGCACUUUUUGUAUUCACACCAUAAAUAAAUAAGCAGAUUGUGUACACGAUAUCUGCCAAUAGGAAUGCAGGGAACCUCCUCGAUGCGAGGAGACAUUCAACUGCAAAGUCAACAGUACAAA